AUGUUUUCUUCUCUGCAAGUUGCACUGCUGAUUUAUUUUGGCAUGAAUAUAAUAAGUGAUUUUUUUUCCAUUGUUUGGGGUCCUGUAACAUUUGGUUUUUCUCAUGUUGUAAUACAGGCUGUACAAGCUAUGGUACAACAAGCAAUGCAAUAUAUCGACCAGACACCAGAUCUCGAUACUAAAGUAGAGCUCAUUAAGACACUUAAUAGUGUAUCUGCAGGAAAGAUAUAUGUUGAGAUAGAGAGAGCUCGCUUGAUUAAGAAACUUGCAAAGAUUAAAGAAGAACAGGGACUAAUAGCUGAGGCUGCUGAUUUGAUGCAAGAAAUUGCGGUGGAAACUUUCGGUGCAAUGGCAAAAACUGAAAAAACAGCAUUCAUUCUUGAACAAGUUCGUUUGUGUUUAGAUCGCCAGGAUUAUGUACGUGCACAGAUACUCUCAAGAAAGAUCAGUCCAAGAGUUUUUGAAGCUGAGACUUCAAAAGAGAAGAAAAAACCUAAAGAAGGUGAAAGUGUAAUUGAAGAGCCUCCUGCCGAUAUUCCAUCGCUGUUGGAGUUGAAGAAGAUAUACUACCAAUUAAUGAUAAGGUACUACUCACAUAGCAAUGAUUACCUUGAAAUAUGCCGAUGUUACAAGGCCAUAUAUGAGAUUCCAUCAGUGAAAGAAGACCCAUCGCAAUGGAUACCGGUGUUAAGGAAAAUAUGCUGGUAUUUGGUCUUAUCUCCACAUGAUCCCAUGCAGUCUAGCCUUAUUAAUUCAACCCUGGAGGACAAGAAUCUUUCUGAAAUUCCUCAGUUUAGAUUACUACUCAAACAAUUAGUUACCAUGGAGGUCAUUCAGUGGACAUCUCUAUGGAAUACUUUCAAAGUUGAGUUCGAGAAUGAGAAGAACAUGCUGGGUGGUUCUUUGGGUGGAAAAGCAGCCGAAGACCUCAGACUAAGAGUAAUAGAACAUAACAUCCUUGUUGUCUCAAAAUACUACUCACGUAUAACCAUGAAGAGGCUUGCAGAUCUACUGUGUCUUGAUAUCCAGGAAGCCGAGAAGCAUCUUUCAGAAAUGGUUGUUUCCAAAGCAUUGGUUGCAAAGAUCGACAGACCUGUAGGUAUAGUGUCUUUCCAGGCUGCCAAGGACAGCAACGACACUCUAAAUUCAUGGGCUAUGAACUUGGAGAAGCUUCUUGACCUUGUUGAGAAGAGUUGUCAUCAAAUCCACAAGGAGACAAUGGUCCACAAAACUGCACUGCAAGUUUGAAAAAUUGGUAUAGGAGGUCCUCGCUAUGUUCAUUGAGAUCACAUUCCUGAGUUGGAAUGUUAGUGAGUGAUGCAAUCUUUUGUUGAGAGUCAUUCUCUUGCAGGUUGCAAUUUGUACCGUUUUAAUGCUCUGCAGGAAGUGGAAUUGGACCCUUGUUGCUUUGUUGCUCCUACGGGACCUGACUUUCUCCCUAGAGUCUUUGUGAUGUUAUUACCAUUUUAAUGAUUCAUUUAUUUUGACAAUUAACGUUCAUGCUUGCUGCUGAGAAAUUAGCAGUUCAUGACGCUAGUACUUGUUUAUGCGAGGAGUUAUCAAUGUACCAUGAAUUGGGUGGCUCAUUUUUCAAUUUCUGUUGUGGAACUUGUAAAAUAUAAUGUUCACAGUGAUUAUUCGUAUGAAGUCAGACCAUUAACUGACUAAUUUAUCGAACAAAUUUAGCUUUUGCAAUAA